AUGAUUGAGAAAAAAUCAUUAAAAUCGAGAUUUUUCAGUAGGACUAGUCAUUUUGGGCUAACAGGUAAAACCCUACGGUAUGUCAUCACUCUUUGUGCUAUGACGGGUUUCUCUCUUUUCGGUUACGAUCAGGGUUUGAUGGCCAGUUUGAUUACUGGUACUCAGUUCAACUAUGAAUUUCCAGCUACCAAGAGUAAGAGUGACAACGAUACACAUGCUUCUACUGUGCAAGGUGCUGUUACUUCCUGUUAUGAGAUAGGUUGUUUUUUUGGUUCGCUUUUUGUUAUGUUUUAUGGUGAAAAAAUCGGUAGAAAGCCACUUAUUGUCAUUGGUUCUGUGAUUACGAUUGUUGGUGCAGUUAUUUCUACUACUGCAUUUAGAGAUUAUUGGGCUUUAGGUCAAUUUGUUGUUGGAAGAGUCAUCACUGGUGUUGGUACUGGUUUGAACACUUCUACCAUUCCUGUUUGGCAAUCUGAAAUGUCGGAUCCAAGUAUCAGAGGUAUUUUGGUUAAUUUGGAAGGUUCCACUAUUGCUAUAGGUACUAUGCUUGCUUACUGGAUCGAUUUUGGUUUCUCUUUCAUCGACAGUUCUGUGCAAUGGAGAUUCCCAGUUUCUAUGCAAAUUCUAUUUGCAUUGAUUCUAUGUUUUAUGAUUGUUAAUUUGCCAGAAUCUCCUCGUUGGUUGAUCUCUCAAAGUAGAACUGAAGAAGCUCGUUAUUUGUUAGGUCAACUUGAUGAUGUUGACCCUAACGAUGAUCGUAUUGUCGCUGAGGUGGCUAUGAUUCAUGAUGCUGUUAACAGAUCUAAGCAGGAAAAGAACUCCAUGUCUGUUCUUUUCUCCGGUGGUAAAUCGCAAAAUAUGCAAAGAGCUUUGGUCGCUGCCUCCACUCAAUUCUUCCAGCAAUUCACUGGUUGUAAUGCUGCAAUUUAUUAUUCUACCGUGUUGUUCCACGAGACUAUCCAAUUGAGUCCAAGAUUGUCCAUGAUUUUGGGUGCUGUCUUUUCUACAGUUUACGCAUUGUCUACCAUUCCAUCUUUCUUCCUAAUUGAGCGUCUAGGUAGACGUAAGCUGUUUUUAUUGGGUGCUACCGGUCAAGCUAUCUCUUUCACAAUUACUUUUGCAUGUUUGGUUAGACAAACAGAAGAAAAUGCAAAGGGUGCCGCUGUGGGUCUGUUCCUGUUCAUUGUGUUCUUUGGUUGUUCCAUGUUAUCUCUACCAUGGAUCUAUCCUCCAGAAAUCGCCUCUAUGAAGGUUCGUGCUUCCACAAAUGCUUUCUCCACUUGUACCAACUGGUUGUGUAACUUUGCUGUCGUCAUGUUCACACCAAUCUUCAUCAACAAAUCUGGCUGGGGCUGUUACUUGUUCUUCGCAUGUAUCAACUACCUCUACAUCCCAGUCAUCUUCUUCUUCUAUCCAGAAACUGCUGGUAGAAGUUUGGAAGAAAUCGAUAUCAUUUACGCCAAGUCUCACGAAGAAGGUACCCAAGCCUGGAGAGUUGCUGCUCAUCUACCCAAAUUGUCAUUGCAAGAAGUCGACGACCAUGCCAACGCCCUUGGUCUAUACGAAGACGACUUGGAAAAGGAAGACUUCGCCGCAGAAGAGGAGGGUAAAGAAGCCGGUGCUCAUGGCUACGCUUUGUUCGCUAGAAAUACAAGCACUAGCAACAAUGAAGAUGGAUCUUCUGAAUCAGAGAAGGACCAGAAUGCCACUCCUCGUGCUUAA